AUGUUGCCGACGGCCGUUCCCUCCUCCUCCACGGAGAUGAGUGACAUCUCCAGCGUCGGCCUUCUCGUCGCUCCGCCUUCCUCACCGCGCUCGCCCUGCUCCACCCCGACGCCCGGUCCCCCGCCUCCGACCCUGGAAGUACCCCUCCUGGCCCUGGCGGACCCACCUUCGGCCAUGCCUCCCUCCGGCGAGCUCCCUCUGCUCGGCUCCCCUGAGGGCGCACCGGCGCUGCCUGCCGCCGCCUCCCCAGAGGCCGCCGUUUCGGCAUCGCCGGAGGAUGGCCCGCCGGCCCCGGACCCGCCCUCUCCAGCUCUGCCAGGGUCCGACGCCAGCCAGGAGCCCGCGACGACUGCUUCUCCGACCUCUCGGCCCGCGACGACUGCUCCUCCGACCGCUCUGCCCCUGGGGGUUGCUACGGACGUGGCCACCCCCGUCGCCCCCCACCCGCCCCGGACUGCGCCGUACGCGCGCCGGGCUCGGGCCUCGUCGACUCCGGUGACUGCCUCCCGUCGCAGUGCCCGUCUCGAUGCGGACCGCCCUACGGGAGGCCCUCCGCCGUCCAUCUCCGAGCGCGCUGAGAUCCGGGCCGCGGCCCGGAACCUCGAGCCAGGUGCGAUCGACAUCCCCCCCAGCUCUUCCCGUUGCUCGUUUUCUGCUCUUGAGGCUGUUCCGCUGGGCCACCUCGCCAGGGUGGCCGCGGACUCGUCCAUAGUUUUCAGAGGGGGGAGGUUGGACCCCCCUUAG